AUGGCUGGCUUGAAGUCCGAAGGGGAUCCCUUAAGCCCGGGGAGCAAGUCGGACGACACGGGCCUGGGGACAUACCAUGAUCAGGGGUCACCAGGAGACCUCGGGGAUGAUAAACCGUCAAAACAGCAGAAGCGCCAUCGGACGCGCUUCACCCCCGCGCAGCUAAACGAACUGGAGCGCUCGUUCGCCAAGACGCACUACCCGGACAUCUUCAUGAGGGAGGAGCUUGCUUUGAGGAUCGGGCUCACAGAGUCCCGCGUCCAGGUAUGGUUCCAAAACCGACGCGCAAAGUGGAAGAAGCGCAAGAAGACGACAAACGUGUUCCGGACACCAGGCGCCUUGAUGCCGACGGCGGGCCUGUCGCCGUUCGGGGCCAUGAACGACCCCCUUUGCUCCCUGUACCCGCCCGACACCCGGUGGGGAGGUCAGAUGACCCAGUCCCUCAAUGCAAGCCACCUCGCCUUCCCAACUCUACCCAGACAAGGGAUCUCACAGGCGUUCUCCGGUCAGGUGACAGGCUUCGACCACAUGAACGCUGCAGCGUCGCUCGCCAACAACAUUUCGAUGACGUCAAUGUCCAUGUCGAACGGCAACGCGUACAGCACGAACUACGGCCUUCAGCUUCAGACGUCGGCCUCCCCAAGUCCGCCUACCUCGCUAUCCGGCUCCCAGAUGGCCUCAUGUGGAAUACAGGACAUCGGCGACGCGUGGCGAGGGACCAGUAUAGCGUCCUUACGGCGGAAAGCGCUAGAACAUUCCGUGACGCUCACCGGGUUCCGGUAACUGGGUCGAAGUCACCGUGUUUCAUGCCGCAUUUGAAUCCAGUCAUUUGUUGGUAGUCUGUUGUUAUUGAAAAUUGUUUCUGUAUUUUCAUUUGGGUAUUGUAGAAUCUCGUGGGGUUUGUACUCGUUUGUUAAAUGACCUUGACGUGAGUCGUUCUGUAUAUGUUUCACCAGUCGUAAGGCGUGUGCCGCACGAGGCAACAUGAAUGUUUUGAUUGAAGGCGGCCUACAAAAAGGAGGUUGAGGUUGAUGGUCACAUUGAUGAUGUUUUGGCGAUAAAUGUCGAGUCACGUCGUGCGAAAAGGUGUAUUAAGUAAUUUGCGACCAGUGUAGCUCCGGAUCAGCGUGCUCAUUCGCGCAGUGUGGCAAAGAAUUAUACUGUACGUCACCAACGUACGCACGGUUUUGUGGUCUCAUUAGCGAGCGUGAUAACUCAUCCUUAAGAGUAUACAGGGCUCAUCUUGAGUUACAAUACGCGGACAAGCCACGAUGCCAUUUUGCACGACGCUGGUGAGUUUUGUGCUAGGUGAUGGUGUUAACGCUGAUAUUGAUGAUGAUAUCGAGAAUUUAUUAACGUCGAUCUGGUUGACGAUGAUCUGGAUAAUACAAAUACAGAUUUUGAAGAUAAAUGUGUUGAUCAUUUUAAGCGUCGAAAACAUGAUCUUGGUGAUGAUUUUGAAGACGAAUUUGAUAUUAGUGAUAAGAAAUAUUAUCUAUAUUUCAAACGAUGCUCAUCACGAUCUUAGUGAAGAUGUUAAAGAAUAUGUUAAUAUGAAGAUAUUGUUGACCAUAAAAGCAACGAUGACAUCAAGUGUGCGCGAACAGUCAAUUUGUGUAAAGUUAUAGCUCUCGUGGAUUUAAGAUUAAUGUAUCAUGGAUGUCAUACAUGUUGUGGUAAUUUAUGUUGACGUUAUAUUUUGAAAGUGCUACAUUAUGUAAAUGAACAUAUAAAUGUUUGAAUAUAGUGUUAAUUCUCGAAUUUAGGAAUACUUUGGACCACAUUCUGGGAAAACAGGGUUUAAUGCAUGUGCGUAAAGUUUUGUACUUUAUCGGCAUAUGCUGUCCCACAGGCUAAUCUGGGACAAUUUCAUAAAAGCGGACUAUGCCGUCAUUAGUAAGCCUGUGUUGACUUCCGAGGCUAAUCUGGGACAACACUUGACGCACAUGCAUUCAGUCAAAUGUCUUAGAACAUGACUUAGAACAUGACUUAGAACAUGAAAACAGUAUCCAGAUGAUGAAGCCAACACAACGUAUUCACUAGUGUGCUUAUUCAUCUCAACUUUAGCUUGAAGCACUUGGUAAACUAAAUUUGUAAGGAUUCUCAUUUCUUAUGAACGUUUGCUUUAUAUUUAUUUAAUGUUUAAAAAAUAUGUUGCUGUUUUUUUAACAAUAUUCGUUCCUUUUUAAUUUACAAAUGAUUACUUUUGGUUAAAAUCUGCGAGCUUGUAGCAGAAGUUGUGCUACAGGAUGAAGCUCUACAGAAGGCCAAAUGAGUCGUGUUCUAAGAAAACGGGACAUAAUGCAUGUGCGUAAAGUGUCGUCCCAGAUUAGCCUGUGCAGUCCGUACAGGCUAAUCAGGGACGACACUUUC